AACCCGUCCUAUCCUCUCUAAUCCAUUGUGGCUCAAUUACAUUUCUUUGGCAGAAGAAGAAAUGGAUGAAGAGAGUGAAUUGUAUUUUGAGUUGAAUACCGGAGCUAAGAUGCCGUCCGUCGGUCUCGGAACCUGGAAAGCCCCUCCCGGCGUGGUCGGUGAAGCUGUCAUCGCUGCCGUUAAGGCUGGUUACAGACAUAUCGACUGUGCUCGAGUAUAUGAUAAUGAAAAAGAGAUAGGGGCAGCACUGAAGGAAGUAUUUUCCAAUGGAGUGGUGAAGCGCAAUGAAAUUUGGAUCACAUCUAAGCUAUGGUGCAGUGAUCAUGCACCAGAAGAUGUCUCCAGGGCAUUGAGCAAGAGUUUAGAAGACCUGCAACUUGACUAUAUUGACCUAUAUCUUAUACAUUGGCCAUUUCGGACACAGCCUGGCUCUCGUGGGUGGGACCCUGAUGUCAUGGCUCCAUUAUGCCUCUCAGAAACAUGGACUGCAAUGGAGGGCUUGUAUGCAUCAGGCCAGGCACGUGCAAUUGGGGUAAGCAACUUCUCAACUAAGAAGCUGCAGGACCUGCUCAUAUAUUCAAAAGUCCCACCUGCUGUCGUUCAGGUGGAAUGCCACCCUGUUUGGCAGCAAACUGCACUUCACAACUUGUGCAAAUCAACCGGUGUUCACCUCUCGGCGUACUCUCCUCUUGGAUCCCCAGGGUCUUGGGUAAAAGGGGAAAUCUUGAAGGAACCAAUAUUGCUGGAGGUUGCUGAGAAGCUGAACAAGUCACCUGCACAAGUAGCUCUCAGAUGGGGUAUUCAGAGCGGUCACAGUGUCCUUCCCAAGAGUGUACAUGAGUCUAGGAUUAAGGAGAACUUCAGUUUAUUUGACUGGUUCAUCCCUCCAGAACUCUUCUCAAAAUUUUCUGCUAUCCACCAGCAAAGGCUUCUUCGUGGGGAUUCUGCAGUCCAUGAAAGCUGUAGCCCUUACAAAAGCCUGGAAGAACUGUGGGAUGGAGAAAUAUGAGAAUGAUAGAAGAUCCUCAAAUCUUAUUUUGAUCUAACAGAAAACUCAGGAUUUUUUGUUUAUGAAAGUCUCGUUUAAGAAGCAAUUGGACAUCAUAUAAACUAGUACCCAGAUCUCUCUCAAACAAAACAUGGAAGUUAAGCUUUUGGAGCUAAAGUUGCAAGUUAUUGGUAUAAAAACGUUUUGCAGAAACUUGAUUAUGGCAGCCCAGCCUGGCCAUAAAAUUACAAUAAAAAACCACUUGAGCAUGUUCCUUCACGCGUCCCUGCCAGCGUACUUUGGAACACCAAGGCAGACUUAAGCUGAAGCAUCAAACAUGGAGCCGACCUGCGACUUUCUAUAUUUUUCAGCUACCUUUCAGUCUACAUCGCUCAUUCUUGAGGAGCGAUUGGAGUGUGAUCCCUCCAACCAUUUGGUCCAUGGUUCAGCCAGAUUACCUUGAAUUCCAGAUGUGUAAGCGGCAAUUUGGGUUGUUUUUGGUUCGUGUUGAAUUGGAGAAUGUUUUGGUAAUUCAACCAAUUAGUGGAAAUUACAUUAGCCUUUUGCAGACUAGAUCUGCGAAGUGGAACGGUUUAGAUUUCACCAAUAAAUUCCCAGAAGCUCUGGAUUCUAAAUUCUCAGAUCCAUUUUCCUGGUUAUGGAUUUCUAAUAUUGCAGUGUUUGAUAGAUUCAUGGAGCAUUUGGAUUCUUGGUUGUGGACUACGGAGGCAUUCAAGGAGGGUUUACUUUCAUUUCUUGGAAAGAAUUCGUUCAGGUAGAUAUGCAAAGAUACGGGUGCCAUAAAUAAACAAGCACGAUUCUCAACAAUGCCAAUUCGGUUUUAGAUUCUCAACGAUUCUCUAAAUUGAUUCUCAGCAAAAAGUACUGUCAAGAAGCUGCGUAUGAAACUGAAAAACUUAAGCAAAUAAAUACAAAGAGCUUGUGGCCCCAGGCACUUUCCGGCUAUAAAAGAUCAGGCAAAGGUCCCCUCGAUGGAGAAAAUUGAUGAUGGAAGUACAAUCCGUAGGACAUGAAAUGAAGGUGUGUUGACGUAUUUUAAGAACAGUAGCUAAUAUAAAAAUUAAGCAGAGGCAUUUGGAGCCAUUUGGAGCGGGGGGCCACGACAGAUAUCUUGCAGCACAAUCAAGAUUGUAGAGCGAGACUCUUGUGGGUGUAAAUGACCCCUUCAUCGCCAUCCACAAUGUGUCCAUUUCCUUUCAGAAUCCUGCAUUUACAGAAAAUGGAAGCGAUCAAUCACGAACCAAAAUUCUCACUUUCAUGGAGAGAGAACAAGGAAAAAAAAAGGCCCCCAUCUAUGAAUUGGAAGGAAGAAUGUAGAGCCAUGGUUGUUGAAGGAAAGAAGACUAUUGUACAGAAUUUGAGCUACUACAGUGCCUAGGAAGCCCAAUCAACAGCUCUCCACCACUCACAAAAAGAGGCUACGCAGAAACAUUUGUUAUCUAUUCUCAUUUCCAAUUUCUUGCGUUUGCUUCCAACCCAUCAAUCUCAGAAUCCACAUUAGCUA